GUCGGAUGUUUUCCGUCUUGUGAGAGGAGAGGAGCGGAGCACAGCGGGACGCGGUUGUUUGUGUCGCCUGUUAUGCUCAUCAUCCAGGCCUAUAUUUAACAUUUGAACGCUAUCAUUCAACUAGGAAGGCGUUUUCUCCACCGCAUGCACACACACAGGAGACUGCACGGCUCGCAACCGAGAAUAUGGACUUGCACAUACUGGACCACAGGCUACGGGUCACCAGCAUAUCCAAGAAUGGGCUGGUGAAUUUCACACACCCGCUGAUAAAGCUGAUAUUCCUGCGAAACAGGACACGAUGCAAGUUUUUCAGCUUGACAGAGACACCAGAGAACUACACAGUCGUCCUUGACGAGGAAGGUUUCAAAGAGCUCCAGCCCUCCGAGCACCUUCAGGUAGAAGGCUCCAUCUGGCUGCCCCUCAACGUGGUCUCUAAUGGCAACGCCUCCAGCAGCUCUCAGGCUGUGGGCGUGACCAAGAUCGCAAAGUCGGUCAUCGCCCCGCUGGCUCAGCAACAUGUCUCUGUGUUUAUGCUCUCCACAUAUCAGACUGACUUCAUCCUGGUGAGAGAGAAAGACUUGUCUGUGGUCGUCACCACUCUGGAGGAGGAGUUCAAUAUCUACAGAGAGGUGGGAGGAGAGUCUGUUCCUGUGCACUGCCAGGAUGUUUCCAACGGCCUCCAGAAGAACGGCAAAGAAGCCAUCCAGCCUACAGUUCACCCAGUGCUGAUCCCCCAGAACCAAUUCUGUGUGAUGUCUCUGGACCCGGACACACUGCCAUCCAUCGCCACCACGCUAAUUGAUGUCCUCUUCUAUUCCAGCAGCCCCAAAGAGGAAGUGCAGUCAUCUCCUAGCCAGGACCUGGACUGCGUCAAGUUUUUCUCCUUCUCCCUCAUCGAUGGCUACAUCUCACUGGUGAUGGACACCGAGGCUCAGAGACAGUUUCCUGCUGAUCUGCUCUUCACCAGUUCCUCCGGAGAGCUGUGGAGAAUGGUGCGGAUAGGGGGACAACCGCUAGGCUUUGAUGAAUGUGGGAUCGUUGCCCAGAUAUCUCAGCCUCUGGCCGACAGCGACAUUUCUGCCUAUUACAUAAGCACCUUCAGCUUCGACCAUGCUCUGGUUCCCGAGGAGGAUAUAGUGAGUGUGACAGGCAUGCUCCAGCAUCAGAGGAAAGAACCAGCCACCAGCUGAUAUCUGAAGUCCCAUCUGAGCUGUACGAUCAGCUCAAUAUGGCCCCCACCCCACCCCCUCACUCCAGCUCCAGCAGCCAGGGGUGGCAGGGAAGCAGGAAGGGAGGCUUACUCUGUGCCUAGACUAGCACUGCAUCGCCAGCAGUAUUAACUACUACAAACUUGCCAUGAACACCAGAAGCGCUUCCCUUAUGGUGUGCACAAACAGUUUGUCUAUGAGGCCUCCUGUCUUACCUAUUCAAGGCAGAAUGCACUGAGUCCCAGGGGGCCCACAAGCUCACACGUGCACAUCCAAAUGCACAAUCAAUCCUUAACACACACACACACAGACACACACACACACACACUUGCACAUUCAAAUUCACAAGCACAAAGUCAGACUAAUAAACAUGUAUGAUCAACUCUUUCUCUCUAAUACAUGAAAUUUUGUGGUGUGUGGUAAAGUUGAGUUGUUCGUAACAUAAUUUUGCUGCAUAGAGCAGAACACCCUCUUAUAUAAUUUCUCCAGUGCUAUAAGCCCACAAAUUAGUCUUCUGGUAAAGUUGAUAUCAUAAUGUGUCUGAACAACCUUCUUUUUUUAAAUGAAAGGCCAUUCCCAAAAAUUAAACUCUUUGUGAAAGUGUGAAGCUUAAAAUGCAAUGCAGUUGUGAGAAUGUUGAGCUUAUAUUAAUUUUCAUGCAAAAGACAACUGAGAAUUUUUAUUUUUUGGCAACAGGGCUCACCUUUUGGUUUGAAAAAGAAUGUGCAGGUAGUAUAUUAAAACUACUACAAAUGCUGUCGAGCAUAACAGUAGGCUUGAUCCCUGUUUUUUGAAAGGUCAGCAUUUUGUAACCAUAACAUUACCCAAGGUCAAUAACACUAUGUCUUAUUUUUUUGUUAUUUGCACAAUGAACUUUUACUUUAGCUAUUAGCUUAUCACGUAGAUUUUUUUCUUUGGUACAACUACAUUUUGUACAAUUUGAAGUAAAAGUAUGCUGUAAACAUUUGUAAUUUUUGUGCUGCUUCAUUCAAUAAAAAGUAUUGAAA